AUGGCCGCGGCUGGCUGCACGGCUGCCCCUCUGGCAGCGGAGCAGCCGCGGCACGCGGCGGCGGAGCUGCCCGUCGGCGACUCGGCCUGGCCCGUGCGGCGCGCCAAGCAGGCGGCGGCGCGCGCUGCCUGCGACGGGCGGUUCCAGGCGGCCCUCACCCGAGUGGCCGACCUGGAGGCCCAGUGCGCGUGCCUCCAGGCGGACCUGGACCACGCGCGGGUCGCCAGUCAGGCUAUGGUCGCGGCGGCCGCGCCUGCUGCUGCCCAGGAGGCCGACGGCGUCGUGGCCUCCCCCGAGGGCUCUGGCGUCAUGGACGGCAAGCGGGACUCGCUGCUGCGCGCGGACGUUCCCGAGGUAGUCGCGAGGCUGGUCGCGCCCGUCACGGCGGCGGACCUCUUCAACGAGCCUGCGGCCACCCUGGACGUCGGGCGUCGGAGCGUGAUCUGCCACCACCUGACGGCCUCGGCGGCGGAGGAGGUCGCGGUCCUGGUGUUCGCCAUCGUGUUGCUCUUCCUGUCCCUCGCCCUGCCGGUGCUGGUCUGCCGGUGCGGCAGCGCUCGGGCGGCCCCGAGCGAAUGGGCCAUCGCUCAGGCCCGCCGCGGACGCAGUGCACUGCCAGGCGCCGUCUUCGCGCUGGCCGAGCGUGCGAGACGGGCCACCGCGCCGAAGCUCCCGCCCCUGGCAUUGGGAGUGCGCCGGUGGAAGUGGAGCGCCGGGGCGCGCAGCGAGGCUGGCGACGCCUCGUCUGACGCCCCCCUCGGCGCCCAGGUGGGCGAGGAAGGCGGCGCCGCUGCCUCCCCCGACGCCCGCCCUCCCGACCCUGCCCCCGUGGUCCUUCUGGGCGUGCAGGCCGGGAGCCUGCCGCAGGAGCUGGAGUGCACCGUCUACCCGUCUUCCAGCCCGCCUGUGAGUGAGCUGCUGCACGAGGUGUCGCCCGACGCCCAGCCCAACGGCCAGUCGUUGCGCAAGCCCAGCGAUGGCGUGCUUCUUGAUGCCGUUCGCCCCCUGGCGGCGGCCGAGGCGGACAUGCGGGUCUCCCUCGGCAGCGGCGGCGCCCCCGUCGCGGCGGAGUGCAGCGUCAACCUCUUCGACGCGUACGACGAGCGGAGGUGUUCGGGAGGACCACUGCGGCUGCUGGUCCGUCAGCGCCAGUUCUUCCAGACCGCGUGCCUCGACGAAAAGGCCGUCGACCUGGCGGAGUUCCACCGCGGGCUGCCCGAGCUCGAGCAGCUCCGACCGGCCCAAAGGUCCGCCCAGAGGUCCGCCGUCGUCUCCAAG